AUGUCGCAACCGUGGGACUUCUCCUCGCUAGAAGCCGCCGAAUCACACCUCCAAUCAUCUGCCUUCGAGCCCUUCCACCUGCAGAACCUCAUCAAUGGCGAACAUGCUCCCCCCGCCAACACCUGGAUAGACGCCAUCAACCCGAAAACCGGCCAAGCCCUCGCCCGCGUCCCCAACUCCUCCGCCGAGGACGUCGACCGCGCCGUCCACGCCGCCGAAGCCGCCUUCCCAGCCUGGUCGCAGACCCCCGCCGCCAAACGCGCCGGCUACCUCACCCGCAUCGCCGCCCUGAUCGAGGACCGGCGCGAGCUCUUCGCCGUCUGGGAGAGUCUCGAUCAGGGCAAGACGCUCGCGCGCGCCCGCGUCGAGAUCGACCGCGCCGUCUCCAACUUCCGCUACUUCGCCGCGUAUAUCCAGAACCAGCAGACUGCGGCGCGCUGGACGGACGAUAACAUCCUCACGUACGAGCACCGCUCGCCCCUCGGCGUGUUCGCGCUCAUCUCGCCGUGGAACAUGCCGCUGUAUCUCCUGACGUGGAAGAUCGCCCCGUGUCUGGCGUUUGGGUGUACGGCAGUCGCGAAGCCGAGUGAGCUUACUAGCGUUUCCGCUUACUUGCUGGGGAAGGUCCUGCAGGACGCGCAGCUCCCGCCUGGCGUGCUGAAUCUUGUCUACGGGGCGGGGAAUCCCACCGGCUCCGCGCUUGUCAAGCAUCCUCGUGUCCGCGGGAUCUCGUUCACCGGCGGUACGGCCACAGGCAUACAGAUCCGCCGGGACACGGUCGAGGACAUCGGCAAGCAUGUGUCGUUGGAGCUCGGAGGGAAGAAUCCCACGCUGGUGUUUGAUGACGUGGACCUUGAUGUGGCGGUUGCGAUGGCAGCGCGCGCGGCGUUUGAGAACCAGGGCGAGAUCUGUCUGACUGGAUCACGUAUCUACGUCCAAAAAUCCAUUCACGACGACUUCCUCGCCCGCUUCGUCGCCUACGUCCAGCAACACUACGUCCUCGGCAAGACCGUCGGCGCCGUAGUCUCCCUACCGCACUACAGCAAGAUCCGCUCGUACUUGACCCUCGCCACGCAGUAUCCGGACAGCUUCAAACUCGGCGCUGUGCCCCCAGAAACCCCCACCGGCGGCUACUGGAUCGAACCCACCAUCCUCACGGUUCCCGACGAUAGCCCGAUCAUGAGGGACGAGAUCUUCGGCCCAGUCGCCACGGUGAGCUCGUUCGAGAGCGAGGAGGAGGCCAUCUCCCGCGCCAACGACAGCCAGUACGGACUCGCCGGUAUCCUCCUGACGCGAGACGGGGCGCGCAUGCGCCGCGUCGGCGAGAGGCUGGAUGCAGGCAUGGUCUGGGUGAACUGCUGGCUGGUGCGCGAGCUGGGCACGCCGUUCGGCGGCAUGAAGGCGUCUGGCACGGGCCGGGAAGGCGGUGAUUACAGCCGGGAUGUGUUUACGAAUGUGCGCACGCUGCAUAUUCCCUCCUAUUAG